AUGUCAUUUGUUACUGAUGCAAAGCGUCUAUUUGGUACGACAGAUCUAUAUGAAAUUUUGAACUUGAAAGGAUCGAAGUUGAAACGAAAAGAUUACAGCCAAGCAGAAAUUAAAAAGGCAUUUUUCAAGCUCUCCUUGCAAUUCCAUCCUGAUCGUUACAGUAAUGAGGUGGAAAAGGUGGAAACAACAGCGAAGUUUCAGAUUUUGAAUCAUGCAUACGCUGUUCUUAGCGAUAAGCAGAAGAGAGCUAUUUAUGAUGAAAUGGGAAUUACUGAUGAUACUGGAGUUUACGCUGAUGAUGUAGACUGGCUUGCUAGAUGGCGAAUGAUGUUUAAAAAGAUAACAAAGGAGGAUAUCGACAAUUUUGUUCGAAAAUUCAGAGACUCUGGCGAGGAACGUGAUGCAGUGAAAGAAGCUUACAUAAAGUACAAGGGAGAUAUGGGAAAAAUUCUGAAUGAUGUUAUUGGUGUUACAUACGAAGAUGAAAGACGUUUGCACAAGAUGAUAAGUGAUAUGAUUGGAUCCGGAGAAUUGAAGGCAACGCGAUAUUUCGUUUCUGAGCCAGAAAAAAGAAAAGCUAAACGUCGUAAAGCAGCACGACGUGAAGCAGAGGAAGCAGAGAAGAUGUUGAAAGAGGUUCAAAGGAAUGAAGGCGCUAAGGAUCUCGUAGCUCUCAUUCAAAAUCGACAGCAAAAGAAUAUUGCAUCGUUUAACGAACUUUGUGAUUCCUUAGCUGUAAAAUAUGCGAAGAAACCGAGAAAAACAAAGUGA